AUGGUCCCUAAUCGGACGGCAAACAGAGGAAAAGACGUGGCCCGUCGGGAAAGGACGGAGUUAGCAAUCAGGCCGAGCGAGUCCGAAACGGAAAGAUACGAAUUUGCCAAAUUGGCAAUUGAUGUCCCACGUCUCGAGCCCCUCGAAGUCCGGAACUUCGUCAAUUGGGGAAGCGUUUUCAUUGGGCCGGAGGAAAGCUGA